UGAUCACAGCACACUCCACGCGUGCAACGUAAAGUAUUUUGGACGCACGCAAAUCGCGUGAGCGUGACAUCAUAACCGCGCGCCUAGUGUGACUGUACUCAAGUCGGAAAAGAAGCAGACGCUCAGCCGACGAAAAAAUGGGUGGCAAAAAUAAACAGAGAACGAAAGGAAAUGUCCGGCCAUCCAGCAGUGGCAGGGCUGCUGAUCUGUUGGCCAGGGAGAGUGGCGUUGUACCCGGGUUUGUUGGAUUCGGUGUCUCCACCUCCAGUGAUCCAGGAUAUGUACCUGCAGUACAGGGGGCAGAGGAGAUAGACAAUCAGGUUGAUGCAGACUUCCGCAUGGUUCUACGGAAGCUGUCCAAGAGAGAUGCAGUCACAAAAUUGAAGGCAGUACAAGAGUUUGGAACAAUGUGUCAAGAGCGACAGCCUGAUGUUGUAAAAGGUGUCCUCCCAUACUGGCCUCGGAUAUACUGCCGAAUAUCAAUGGACCAUGAUCGCCGUGUGCGAGAGGCCACACAGCAGGCCUUUGAGCAGCUGGUUUUAAAAGUGAAGAGGAAUCUGGCCCCCUACCUGAAGAGCAUCAUGGGUCACUGGCUCAUCUCUCAGUGUGACACAUACUCUCCUGCUGCCUCGGCUGCCAGCGCUGCUUUCCAGGCCGCAUUUCCCCUGAAUAAACAACCAGAGGCCAUCAGCUUCUGUAAAGAUGAAAUCCUGAAUGUUCUCCAAGACAAUUUGCUGAAAGAAACAGCUGACACUCUCAGUGACCCUCAGAGUGUGCCAGAGGAGGAACGAGAGGCUAAGUUCAUCCGUCUGUUGACCAGCUCUUUGCUAGCUCUCAAGAGACUCCUGAGCAUUUUACCCGAGCAGGACAGAGAGCUUCUAAAGGAGCGACUGACACAACUCAUCACACAGGGCAAAUUCUGGAAGUACAGCAAACACAAGACCCCACAGAUUCGAGGGGCGUUUUUUGAGCUGAUUGCCACCAUGUGUGCGCACACACCCCAGCUGAUCCAGGCAGAAGCGGCCCGAGCGUGUUCUGCUGUGCUGCUAUCAAUUGACGACACAGACCCGGUGGUGCUGCCCCCUUUGUGGGAGGCGGUCCUCCAUAUUCUGUCCUGCGUUGAUAACUGCUGGACGCAUGUCAGUGCCAGGAAAGGCGUGAUGCCAAAGCUCUGGGUGCUUCUUAAAGAAGGAGGUCGAGGUCUUGCAACAUCUCUGCAUCCAAACCUGCUCCCGUUUAUAAGCAAACUGCCAGCAGAGGUCACACAGCCCAACUUGGAGUUCUCUAGGACAUUCCUCACAUCUGUCAUACAGGGGUUGUUGAGUGAUCGUGCUAAGUCCAGUCCCUCAGAGAGUGCCGCCAUCAUUUUUGCCACAAUGGAGUGCCUUCGGUUUAUCGUCCUGCAGAACAUCGGAGAAGAGCAGGAGCAGAGAAACAUCCAGAACAUGCUGAUCUCAGAACAGCUCCUGCCAUUGAUUGACAGAGCUCUGGGAAACCCAUCGCUGCAGACGGGUCCUCUGUUCCCUCAGGUCUCAGAUAUUCUUCUGUCCUGGGAAAAGCGGGCAGUUGGGAAAGAGGCUCCCACGUUUCAAAGACUGCUGUCAGACUUCUGGGAGGGUUUGGGACGCUUGUGCACAACAUACGUGGACUGUGAAGAAGCUGAGCGAACUGCCCUAGAGGGCAUUGCAUCGCUCCUGCAGAUUAUGCAUAACCCGAACAGUGCCAGUAAACUGACUAAGAAGAAAAAAACAGUGAAAAUUUGCUUCACGGACAGAGAAGAAAGAGGCCAAGGGGAGGAACCUCCUAGGGAAACUCCAGUGGUGGAGGAACAUCACUGUCCCUUGAGAAAUGGACACCUGCUGGAUUUGGUGUGCCAGCUGGCAGAGCUCAACAUGGUGUACGUGUGCGACUGUGAGUCGGAAAGGCACCUGCGCUUCUUGUCUCAGCUGCUCAGGGCGUUCCCGAGUCCUCAGGUGUUCCAAGUGCUGCUGAGGCCGGAGGAAAUGAAGCCUGAAAUGGGGCCGGAGCUCGGGCCGCUCGCUGAGAAUGCAGCUGUCCACUUUCUCCUGCAAAGAGUGACUGUAUGGUUAAAACAAGACGACAGGAAGGACACUGACUUCCUGGUGGACAUGGUUUUCAGUUCCCUGCAGUGCUGCAGCUCCAGUGAUGACAAGACACUAAUCCUCAACCACAUCAGUAGGGAUUUGAAUUGGAGUGUGAUUCUUCAACUUAUUGAAAAGGCGUGUGCAGAUCCUGUCCGUUUGGAGGUGUUUAUUGGCUGGCUGAGGGGUCCUGUGUUAGGGGAGAGGUUGGUGGGUCUGGCAGGAGAGCUGUGUGUGAUGGGUCUGCGUGGAUCCCCUUCUUCAUCAUCCCAUCAUGCACACGGCUGGCCUCUCAUCAGCCUCGCUCUGUCACAGCAGCACAAUAAUGAGCCCCUCAUUGGCAAGGCGUAUGUCGAGCAGAUCAUUGACAAGCUCCACACCACCCUGUCAGAAGCAAAGGGCAUGUCAGACGCUGGGAACAUGGAGCCGCUAGUCACUUUCAUCUCUGAUGUGGCUGCCACCUUCUUUUCUUCGGUUAAGGGCUGCCUGCUGCUGGCGUCUGCCGAAGAAUUACUUAUGACUGUUUUCCAGCUUUGUGCACAGGAUCAAACCAUCACUCACCUCUCAGAUGCUCUUCUGCUGAACCUGCAGCACGCCUACACUGCUGGCAUUCAAUCAUUGAUCACUAACCUGGGCGCAGGGGUCACAAAGGGCACCCUCCUCCACAACAUUGCACUCUGGGUUAAAAGUCAGCUGCUCACCACACACCUGACAGUCAAAAGUUUGCAGCUUCUGGUGCAGGCUGUGGAAAGUCUUGCACAGACCAUCGCCUCGGCCCAGAAGACCAGCUGUCUUCUGUCUCAGUUUAUCUUCUGUCUUAAUCCUACUGAAGAGGAAUGGAGUCGCAUUAGACAAGCCCUGUUGCCUCAGUGGGUGAGACACCCUCUACUGUGUGGUCGUCUCAGAGUCUCUGGUGAAUACCCGUGCAUGGACGCGUGGAAGUUCAGGGCAACUAACCGGCUGCCGGCACACCUGUGUGUAAGUGCAUUACUGGGCAGAAUCAUCUUCACUGCAGCUUCACCUGAUGACCAGCAGGUGGAGGCAGACUUUGAAAUUCCUGAUCUCAAACACAUAGUUUCAGAGAUUUUCUAUGGACUUCAGUGGUGUGAAGAAAUGGAACUGUCACCACUCAUGGUGUCUGAAUAUCACAAACUGCUGCAGUCCUGGAGUUUAGAGCAGAGAAUCCACAACAGCAGCCUGAUCAGAACCAGUCUCUUAGACACACUUUUCACAAGGUCACAAGAAGAGGGCUCCCUCUGGUCACUAGCUCUGGCAAAAUACAUGCAGAACAGCAAAAUAGAACCAAGCCACAUUAAGGCCUUAUAUGGCAAUGUAGAAAGUUUCUUUCCCCUCUCUGAACAUAGUGUGAGCACGGUGCAGGUGCUAUGUCCAUUUCUAGCCAGUGAAGAGAGAGAAUCCCUCAUUGCCUUGUGUGUCGCAGAGCUCCUUAACUGGCAGGACAGAGAGCAGGACUGCAUUGAUGGUGUGUGGGGCUGUCUGGCCGUGCUGCUCUGCUGUCUACAGGCCGACACGGCUGUGGAGGAUGAGAUCUUGUUGGCUGUCGUAGCCACGAUUGCCGAAUGGAGGAACAGUAGGGAGGAAUGGUUCCUCUUCAACAGUGACCUUGGAAAAGUUUCAGCCGCAUGGCUCUUAUUGGCUGUAGAAAUGAUGCGUUUCCUGUGCUGGAUGGUGGAUCAUUCUCCUACAGUCUUGGGAAACACUCAUUGGGAUCUCCUGCUCUGCUCCAUGCUGGCAUGGCUUGAGACUGCCCGUGAGAACAGCAGCAUGUUCUGGAAUCCUUGGGUACAGCUGUUUGUGUGUGCAAACUGUGAGCUGAUUGUGAGGCUGAGUGAGUUUUUCACAUCGCCCCCUGCUGGUGUGGGGGAACAGCUUCCUCCAGAGCUGAACUCAGAGUGGAAGGAGUUCUUUUUGGAGGGAAUUCACAACCUUCUACUCCCACUGCUUAUUAAAAUCCCCACGGACUUUACAGAGCCAGAUGAUCCUUUGUUCCCCCUGGCGGUGUUGAGGGCAGUGGGGGAGGCUCUUAUCUACAUCCCCGUGGAGCUGCUCACACAGAAUAAACUCCCUCCUCGGUUUGUAGCUGACCAGAGGAGCAGUCUGUCGGAGCCUCUACAGACCCUGCUGAAUACCCUCUCACCCCUGCUGCUCUUCAAAGCCCGGCCGUUACAGCUUGCGGUCUACCACAUCCUACACAAGGUGAUGCCUUUGUUGCCAGAGAGUGACAGCGAGAGUGCCAGCGCUAAAUCUGAUGACGAAGACGGAGAAGAACCAUGCUUGUCUCCUCCAGCAGCGUUAAUGAGCAUCCUCUCUGCCACAGAAGAGCUCUUGGAGAGUAUUCUAGGUGGUGUGCAAGUGGGCGAGUUUGCAGUGGUGCAGCCCCUCAGUAUGGAGCACUGCUGCAUUCUGGGAUAUCUUCUGGCCUGGAAACUCCUCUUCACCUUCUUCAAGGCUUCUUCAUCUCAUCUGCGAGCUCAGUACUCUCUGCAUUUGAAAAAGACUCGUUCUCUUCAUAAACUCCUACUUCAUCUGUUCCGUCUGAUGCCAGAGAUCCCAUCAGUGCCUGGGCAGCCAGCAGAACCCUCAAGCAAAGAACCAAAAACCUUCUUCACUGAGAGUUUGUCUCUCUCCCCCCGGAAAACUGAAGGUCUGCAGUUUGAGGUUCCCCAUCUGGCCUGCUCCGUAUACUACGGUGCGUUGAAAGACUUGCCUGCAAUGGUGCGUCUGUGGUGGAACAGCCAAGAGAAACGUGUCUUCAGCACGGUGGAUAAAUUCACCAGCAAGUACGUCAGCGGCGUUUUGUCUGCGCAGGAGAUUGCGUCUGUGCAGUCCAGCACCCAGACUUUUGAGAACAUGACGGUGAAAGCACGGUCUGCCACGCGGGAGGUGAUCGCGACCUACUCUGUCGAUGAUAUCUUCAUAGAGCUGGUGAUUCAGCUGCCUCAGAAUUAUCCGCUCGGCUCGAUCUUAGUGGAGAGUGGGCGGAGAGUGGGUGUGGCCGUUCAGCAGUGGCGCAAUUGGAUGCUUCAGCUCAACACGUACCUCACACACCAGAAUGGCAGUAUUCUGGAAGGUCUGUCGCUGUGGAAGAACAAUGUUGACAAGCGUUUUGAGGGGGUGGAGGACUGUAUGAUCUGCUUCUCUGUCAUUCACGGAUCCAAUUACUCGCUGCCAAAGAAAGCCUGCCGUACCUGCAAAAAGAAGUUCCACUCCGCCUGUCUGUAUAAAUGGUUCACAUCUAGCAACAAAUCCACAUGUCCUCUGUGCCGAGAGACUUUCUUCUAAGCUCUGUCUCCAUGGACACAAAUAAUAGGAGAAUGACAUCCUCGGCAAACAGCUGACUCAGAAAGAAAUGUUUUAUUCGUUUGUUUGUACAUUCGAUUUUGGCAGUGCUGUAAAUUACAAUGGCCUUUUAGUUUCUAACUCUGAAGAUGCACCCAACAACACCUGUCACAAACAACGGAAUGAACAAACAGUCAACAGCCCAAAAAACAAAGUACCCGGACUGGAUUAAAGACAGCUUGACAGGACAAUGAAGGCUUAACAAGCCGGAGAAUUCAUGGCCUUAAAGGAAUAGUUCACCAGAAAUCAACAUUUUGUCAUUAUUUGCACACACUCAUGUCAUUCCAAACUUGUCUCAUGUUAUUUUUUUGUAGAACACAGAAUCUUGACACUUUUUUCCUCAACACAUCUGUCAAGCCCCAAAAAAGAAGAGAGUAUGAAUAAGAAAACUUAGUAUAGUAGAAGAUAGAAGUCACAUGGUAGCUUAGUGAAUGGUACAAAAAUUAGGUUGUUGUACUCUGUUUUAAUCAAAUGUAGCUGCAAACAGGUUUGGGAUGAUUUGGGUAAAUAAUCACAAGAUGUGUUUUUUUUGUGUGCACGCUUCCUUUAAAAAAAAAAAAAUUGUCCAAGGUAGCAAGAUGGUUCAUCAUAUAUCAGGUUACAUAAAUUUUUCCAUUCACAAGUAGGUCUUCUGGUGAAAUCAAAGUGUUCAUAGUUUCUGCUGAUGUUCUGAUAAAUGUUGGACCAUAUGGAUGACCUGUAAAGAAAAUAAUGGACCGAGUUUUGGCUUUUUAUCUCAGCUUGAUGAUAUUUUGUAUAAUGACAUAUAAUGCUGUAUGCUGCAGAGAUUUCUGUUUGCUUUGAUCUUUAGUUGUCAUGGAUUGUGUAACAUGACACAAUUUGUGGUCCUGAAAUACAGAUCAUACUUUCAGCCUCA